AUGUAUGACGAGUGCGGACAAAAAGCUUACGCCAUGGUCCAAGGGUCCGCUUUCAGUUGUGAGGCGAUCUAUCCAUCAUUUAAUGCGUCUCGCUGUAUUGAUGAAAUCAAGGCUUUCAAGGAGAAUAUUGUUAAGGAAAAACCGGAUUUCGGCUUCAUGUUUUCCAGAUUCAUGUCGAUUGGCGAUCCUCUCGAUGGAAAUGAUACCGAUAUAAUUAACGAUGAAAUAUACAAAAUAAUGAAAGCGAAUCUCGAUUUUUAUGUGAAAAAUAUAAGGAAGACUCUUUAUAUUUUGGAUGCAAUACCCCGAGUUAAACGAUUGAGCACGAGAAUAAUUGCAUCGAAAUUAAGAGAUGGAGUUUUUCAGAAAAUCAUUGUCGAUCAAUAUGGCUGGAAAUUGGCUCGAAAACGAUACGAGCAAUUAUUCAAAGAUUGCGGGCCAAAAUGCGUCCGAAUCGACUAUUUGCCAAUAUUUUGGAAUAAUUCGACGCAAAAUGUUCGCUAUUUCGACGAAAACGGAUUGGAAUAUCAAAAUGGCGUCAAUCAUUUGUCGCCGCGCGGCUUGGAAAAAAUUAGGCAUAUUUAUACGGAAAUUUGCAAUAAAUUAUAA